AUGGUAGACCCCUUAACCAUCAUCGGCGCAGCCGCAUCUGUAGCAAGCAUCGUGGAACUAGUCGGCAAAACAGUCAGCGCAUUGAACACGCUACAUAGUCGCUGGAAAGAGGCUGAUUUCACAUUCAUCAAUCUUAUCGCCCAGCUGACCGCUCUCAGAGCCGCAUUAAGCAAAAUUCAAGAGUGGAUGGAUACUAAUAUGGACGAGCCGCAUCAUCAACUAGCCAUGGAUUUAGAGGCUUCGGUGAAUUGCUGUAGGAUGCUGGUUCGUCGGCUGGAUUCCGAAGUCGAGGAUCUUCAGCAGAAUAGUGAGACGGGAAUUGAUGCUCAGAAUAAGAUUAAAUUAGUGCUUAAGAAUGGAACUUUGGAGGAAUUGCAGAAGAUGGUUGAUCGCCAGACGAGUGCUUUGACUCUCCUUCUUACCGUUUGCAACUGCAAAGCCAUCUCUGAGCAGAAGAUUAUGCUUGAGAAAACAUCCACCCGGAAGAUAUUCAAACGAGUCAAGGAUGACACCUCAUCGCUCCGUUGCACAGACAGCCUAUCCAAAAUCUCCAAGAUGUUUGAGUUUGACCGCGAACUCUUCAUCUCGAAGGUGUAUGAAAAGGCCCUCCGAGGUUCCUUGAAGGAUACCGUCGAAAACAUGCGCCGGGAAGCAGAGCAACCCUAUGUGAUAGCCACCCCAGAAGAAAGAACCACGAACAAGCUUAUUGAGCAUGAGCUCAAGGAGCAUGCUAGAAAAAUGAGAAGAGAGUGCAAGGUACUUCUCUUAGGAGACCAGGAUUGUGCGCAGACUCUCAUCAAGAGUAUGAAGAUCGCACACUCGGGUGGCUUCACCUAUGAAGAACGCGAGGAGUAUCAGGUGGUAGUGAUGAAUUAUAUUAUACGUGUGAUGAAGGGUUUGGCCUACAUACUAAAGAAUGGGGAUAUUGACCUGGACGAUACUGCCAAGAUGCAUGCCAAAGUUCUAUCUCAGGAGAUUGAGAAGAUCCAAGCCGGCGAUGGAAAAAUUACUAUCGAGGGUGCGGGUGCAGUCCAAGAUUAUGAGGUCUUUAUACCGGACUCGUCCCUAUAUUUUAUCGAAGAGAUCCAAAGGAUUGCCCAGAACGACUACCUCCCAACUGACACCGACAUACUUAAACUUGGAAUUGCAACACCAACAAAAGCAGGGGCCCAAGAACAUAGAUUUACGAUGGGACGACUUUCUCUCCACAUGUUCGAUAUCAGUUCACAACGAUCAGUGAAGAUGAAGUGGAUUCACCAAUUCGAAACCUCCAUCAGCAUCGUAUUUUGCGUGGACCUCAGCCAGUACGACCAUGUUCUUCUCCAAGAAUCAAAUCCGAACAGAUUAAUCGAGAGUCUUUCUCUCUUCGAUUCUGUGGUUAACUCUCCAUGGUUCUUGCGCACGUCUAUAACCCUCCUACUUUGCAAUGUUGGGCAUUUCGAAGAAAAAUUGAGAAGCAAACCUCUAAGCAAUUAUUUCCCGGAUUACAAUGGUGGAAACGAUGUUAGGAGAGCUUCGAAGUACCUUGUCAAGAAGUUUGAACAAGUCAACCGGGCACACUUGAGACUUUGCGCGCGUGUUUGUGAGAUUUCUGAUGACUCUAGUAUGCGCUUCGUAUGGUGGAUGGUACAAGAAACUCUCCACCAUAAUGACUUAAGAAAUGCAAGUAUAAUAUAA